AAAGCACCACUUUCCCAGCAUCCGCCUGUGCUGAUCCGUACCGGGAGAGUCAGGAGCGGGACGCAUUUCGAUCUCGCUCGCGCGCUGCAUUCUGGGACGUGUAGUCUUUCCCCUUGCGUUGUAUGGCUUUGUUUAACUUCCUCGUUCGGUGUCUCGCGCUCCACACCUUGGAAGACGCAGCUCCUGGGCUGCAGCGCUUGCAUUUUGCGGGGGGAGGUUGGCCCCGGGACAAAGCCAAACACAGAGGACGAGGAAAGCCGUGCAGAAUGAAGGCGUCCUUCGUGGCUGCGGCGGGGGAGAGGAACAAGGAGCCCAUCCUGCGCGUCCUCAGGGACUACGUGAGCUCCGGGCAGCCGCGAGUCGACGUGCUGGAGGUGGCUUCGGGCUCCGGGCAGCACGCGGCCCAUUUCGCCCAAGCGCUGCCCAACGUGGUGUGGCAGCCCUCCGAGGUGGAUCCGCAGUGUCUGGCGAGCAUCUCUGAAUUUACCAAGACACUCCGCCUCUCAAAUGUCAAGCCGCCCAUUUACUUGGAUUCUUCCCAGAGCUGGGAGAUGUGGGGUGGUUUGCUCCCAGAUUCUUUGGAUCUCAUUGUCAACAUCAACAUGAUUCAUAUCUCGGAAAUGAGCUGCACAGAGGGCUUGUUCAGAGGAGCAGGAAAGCUGUUAAAACCCAAAGCGGUGAUGAUCACUUAUGGGCCUUACGCUGUGAACGGGACCAUCACCCCACAGAGCAACGUGGACUUUGACUGCUCCUUGAGGCAGAGAAAUUCAGCCUGGGGCCUCCGGGACACAGCCUUCCUGCAACAACUCGCCGAGGCCAAUGGGAUGCAGUUGGAGAAGAUGAUUGACAUGCCAGCAAACAACAAAUGCCUUAUUUUCCGCAAACUCUAAGCCAGCCCACCGGCUUUCUCUACGACGGGGAAGGAGCCCCAAAGGGCAGCGUCUUGUGGCCAAAGCGUUGCCUGCCGUGGCCAGACUCGUUCCGUGUCCAUGACGCUCACGUCAGCUGGGCUUCUUGCCGCUUUAGUCAGCCUUUGGGUAAAAAUCGCUAUCGGUGAGCUUGGGGAUUAGUACCAGCGGAGAAAAACGUUCCUGAAGAACCGAGCUUCACCAAAGCCUUCUGGGUAAUGCUGAGCUAGCACAGGGGUGGAGAAGCGGUGGCUGGACUCCCACCUCCCAUCAUCCGCAGACAGCGGGAUGAUGGGAAAAGUAGUCUUACCACAUCCAGAGGUGUUCCCCCCCCCCCAUGAGCUAGCGCAUGCAUCUUUAGAUUUUGGUAUUCACUGUGUCGCUUCUGCUUUCCACGUUGCGGGUUAGACGGCAUCCACGUACCCAUCUUGGAUCACAUUUGCCUCUCGUCCAUUGUUGUGCCUGUAGCCUGCUUCGUUGAAGGCUUUGUUUGCAGGCCAUUCGAGAGGGACCUCAGUAUAUCCAUUGUCUCUACUGUGGCUUUUGGGUUGGGGUAAAGGAAUUUUGGGGGAGAUGUUUUAGGGAUAGGAGAGGAGAAGCUCAGAAUGACCCUUUCUGAAAUAAAUGAAGGUUUUGGUGCAAACCUAGGUGGAAAGAUGGAUUUGAUCGUUGUUACUCCUUACAUCUGGGACUCUCUUUCUUUCUCACUUUCUUUUGCGUGUGUCUGUUUUGGCAAUAUGGAGGACUCUGAGUCAGGGAUUGUGACAAUACAGCACAAAACAUAUUCAGAUAAAUUGCGAUUUCUAGGGCUGCAGGUGUGGGGUUGUACAUUUGAAUUUUCCUUCACGACAAAAUCUCCCUGCACAAGGAAAACUAGCAGGUUAAGGAUAAGGAUGUUGGUUUAGUCUUUCUCCUGACAUGUUGCUUUUCUGCAUGCAAGCGGGUCUUUUUUUUUUAAGAAAAAGUUUUUAAACACUGGGUAGAAUUCAGUCAUGCAACUCCACAUCUGCAUUCUGUAACGUGUGUGUGUGUGGUUUCACAACACAGGUGAGUAGUUACAUGCCUGAGUGCUAUCCAGUGUUUAAAACUCUGUGCCCCAGAAACUUGUGCCACAUAAUUUAUCUGCCUGUGUAGAUUAUUAACUUACAGUUUAGUGACUUUAAUAUGCUUCCAGUUGGGGGAGAGCCAUUGGUAAAGUGGACUACCAGUUUUUGAUUUGACCUGUUUUUCCUCCCGUUUCUUCAAAACUGGUAGCAAAACUGCAGAGAGGGAAUUAAUUCUGCCGCUUCCCAACUGUGGCUUGUGUGUAUAUAUAAAAAAUACUUCAACACAUCUCUCUUUAAAAAUUCUGUGUGAGGUAAGGGUUCCCUCCAGUGGUGAUCCGUGAAAUGGCAAUGAUUCACAGUUCGGGUUGGGAAUGCACAAUUAGCAAGGAGGAAGCAACUUUGGCCGAUGUCUCUGUGCAGAUGCAACUUUGUAUAGAGAUUAUGCUGCAUUCAGGUGCAAAUAAAUAUAUAUAUUGCUUGGG